GGCGGGCGGCGGCUCGGCUCGCGCCCGCGGAGGCUCCUCCUCGAUGGCCGCCCGCCGCUAUCCCCGGCUCUGCCGCCUUUUGGCGGGCCUCGGAGGGGCCGCCUCGCUCGUGCUGCUGAUCAGCCUGUACACGGCGGGGUCUGAGGUGCAGGUGGGUUGGCAGGUACAGAACGGACCGCCCUCCGCUCCCGCUCUUAGCAGGGUCCCUUGUGUCACAACAGCCCUGUGAGGUGGGCCAGGCUGAGGGAGCGACGCCCAGGGUCGGGGGGGGGGCGGCCCUUUUCCCUUCACAGCUGUGUGAAUAUGCACACAUCUGUGAGGAACUAAUCCAAGGUUUCGCAAACUUGGGUCUCUAGCUGUUGUUGUUUUGGACUACAACUCCCAUCAUCCCUAGCUAUAAUAAUAAUAAUAAUAAUAAUAAUUUAUUAUAAUAAAUUAUUAUUAUUAUUAUUAUUUAUUAUUAUUUGUACUCCGCCCAUCUGGCUGGGUUCCCCCAGCCACUCUGGGUGUCUUCCAACCGAAUAUUAAAAUACAGGGGAAUUGGCGGAAAUGACUGGCAGAAUCCGAGACCAGGGAGAAGAGUCGGUGGAAGAGGAUUGGAAGAAAUUUAAAGACUAUUUACAGAAAUAUUGCAAAAUUAAUGAAUGUUAGAAUGAUGUUGGAUUGAAGUUAAGUGGUUUCUAACUGUACUGGUAUAAAAGAAUAUGGAAAAAUUGGUUUUUAAUACGUAAAAAUUUAAUGUUAUAAUAUAUUAAGAGUAAAGAUCAGGAUUAAAAAGGAGGGAAAGGAAUUGCUGGACUAACAAAUUGAAUUGGAAUACAAAAGAGGGCGGUAUGAGGAGGUCCGGGAAACAAGUAAAUGUAAGAGAAGCGAUGAAAAGAUGGAAUUGUUUUUAACUGUUUUUUCUUUUUUGUAUUUUGUAUUUUUCUUUUUUUAUUGUUAUUUUUCUUAUUAAUGUAAUCUUUUUCUUCUGAAACUUUAAUAAAUAUUAUUUUUUUAAAAAAUAAAUAAAUACAGUGGUCUGUUAAACAUUAAAAGCUUCCCUAAACAGGGCUGCCUUCAGAUGUCUUCUAAAAGUCUGGUAGUUGUUCUUCUCUUUGACAUCUGGUGGGAGGGCGUUCCACAGGGCGGGUGCCACUACCGAGAAGGCCCUCUGGCUGGUUCCCUGUAGCUUUGCUGCUCGCAAUGAGGGAACCGCCAGAAGGUCCUUGGUGCUGGACCUCAAUGUCCGGGCAGAACGAUGGGAGUGGAGACGCUCCUUCAGGUAUACAGGACUGAGGCCGUUUAGGGCUUUAAAGGUCAGCACCAACACUUUGAAUUGUGCUCGGAAACGUAGGUCUUUCAAGACCGGUGUUAUGUGGUCUUGGCGGCCUCCCCCAGUCACCAGUCUAGCUGCUGCAUUCUGGAUUAGUAGUAGUUUCCGGGUCACCUUCAAAGGUAGCCCCACAUAGAGCGCAUUGCAGUAGUCCAAGCGGGAGAUUACCAGAGCAUGCACCACUCUGGCCAGACAGUCUGUGGGCAGGUAGGGUCUCAGCCUGCGUACCAGAUGGAGCUGGUAAACAGCUGCCCUGGACACAGAAUUGACCUGCGCCUCCAUGGACAGCUGUGAGUCCAAAAUGACUCCCAGGCUGCGCACCUGGUCCUUCAAGGGCACAGUCACCCCAUUCAGGACCAGGGAGUCCUCCACACCAGCCCGUCUUGUCAGGAUUCAACCUCAAUCCAUUAGCCGCCAUCCAUCCUCCAGCCGCCUCCAGGCAGUCACACAGGACCUUCACCACCUUCACUGGUUCUGAUUUGAAAGAGAGGUAGAGCUGGGUAUCAUCUGCAUAUUGAUAGACACCCAGUCCAAACCCCCUGAUGAGCUCUCCCAGCGGCUUCAUAUAGAUGUUAAAAAGCAUGGGGGAGAGGACGGAACCCUGAGGCACCCCACAAGUGAGGGCCCAGGGGUCUGAACACUCGUCCCCCACCACCACUUUCUGAACAUGGCCCAGGAGGAAGGAAGGAAGGAAGCUAGCAAGGAAACUAGCUAGCAAGACCAGUGCUCAGGCAUGAUGGGAAUGGUAGUCCAAAAACAGCUGGAGACCCAACUUUGGGAAACCCUGUGACCUAAUCGAGUACGAUUUCUUUAAUGGGGAGGCAGCUUGGAUGAAAAGUAUUUGGGGUGUGGGAUCGUAUCACAGCUGUCCAUGGAGGCGCAGGUUAAUUCUGUGUCCAGGGCAGCUGUCUACCCAGCUCCACCUGGUACGCAGGCUGAGACCCUACCUGCCCACAGACUGUCUCGCCAGAGUGGUGCAUGCUCUAGUUAUCUCUCACUUGGACUGCUCAAUGCACUCUGUGGGGCUACCUUUGAAGGUGACCUGGAAACUGCAAUUAAUCCAGAAUGCAGCAGCUAGACUGGUGACUGGGAGUGGCUGCCGAGACCACAUAACACUGGUCCUGAGAGAUAUGCAUUGGCUCCCAGUACAUUUCCGAGCACAAUUCAAAGUGUUGGUGCUGACCUUUAAAGCCAUAAAUGGCCCAGUAGACCUGAAGGAGCGUCUCCACCCCCAUCGUUCAGCCCAGACACUGAGAUCCAGCGCCGAGGACCUUCUGGCGGUUCCCUCAUUGUGGGAAGUGAGGUUACAGGAAACCAGACAGAGGGCCUUCUCAGUAGUGGCGUCCGCCCUGUGGAACACCCUCCCACCAGAUGUCAGAGAAAUAAGCAGCUAUCUUCUCUUUAAAAGACAUCUGAAGGCAGCCCUGUUUAGGGAAGUUUUAAAUAUUUAAUGCUGUAUUGUUUUUAACACUUGAUUCGAAGCCGCCCAGAGUGGCUGGGGGAACUCAGCCAGAUGGGCGGGGUAUAAAUAAUAAAUUAUUAUUAUUAUUAUUAUUAUUAUUAUUAUUAUUAUCCAAGUCCAUGGGAAACCAAGCCAUGUUUGGAGGAUAUUUGUUCUGUCUGAACCGGCCCUGAGACGAACCACAAAAAGGGCAUCUCAGUCCGCACUAGGGAACAAGGGGUGAGUGAAGAUUUCCAUCAGGAACAAGGGGCGGGGCAUAAAGAUCUACAUUGGGAUCUGUUGCCCCUGUGGAUCCUGCCACCUAAGGCAGUCACCUCACCUUGCCUCAUGGGUGGGCUGGCCCUGCAGACUAUACAAUAGUCCGUAUUACUGAAAAAAAUGUGUUUUUAGUUGGCUGUUAAAUGAUCAAUCUGUGGGACGUAAUACUUCAGCAUACAUAUUAGUAUUUAUAUCAUUCCCCCCCCCCCUCACGUUACAUGAGAACUGCACUGUGAGAAUGGACUGUUGGUUUGGAAGGGUCAUGAGGCUACCAAAACAAACUUGCACUUUCUGAAUUUGUAAAUAAAAACAAAACUAAGGGCUUUUAAAAAAAGAAAAAGCUCUAAAAGGGCCUAACAAGAACCGGUGAGUUUUCUGGAGGUAUGGAAAGCUGCUUAUGGCAGUUGAACUGAGAAAAAGGAACAGAAAUUGUUUACUGUAUCACACCUCAGCCACUAGGUUUGUAUGGCUAAGAACAGUUGAAGGGUGGAAUUUGGAGUGCUGGUUGAAAGCAAACAAAAAUAGAAAGGAAAAUGGAGGGUAGGGUGAAGAGAGGGGUUUGACCUACUCAAGUCCCCGACAGCUUAGCUGUUAAAAUAUUCGUGUUUUAGACUGGCAGCCCUCUAAUGCAGUAUGGUAUGUCAGAGGAGGGCUGGAUGUAGGGGGAAGGAAAAAUAUGUAUUUUAUCACUUCCCCAUUCCUGAAACUUCUCCUUCCCUUUUGAGGCCAGGGGAGCAUUGCCAUCUACGCAAAACUUGUAAAUGAAAUUAUCUAGGGAUUUGGGAUGUGGUGUCAUCAUCAGUACAUUGGUGAUGACCAGUUCUGCUUCUCUUCUUCAUUAAAUCUAGAUGAAAUUAUGGAACCAAUGUCUGGAAUCAAUAAUGGAGUGGGUAAGGGCCAGUAAACUGAAGAUCAAUCCAGGCAAGAUGGAGGUUCUGUUGAUGCAUGGCAAUGAGGUUUGCAGUUUGGAGUUUUACUUCUGACCUCACCUUUGGAGGCCUAAAUGGUUUCUGUAGCUUGAAGCACAUUUCACCAGCUUGACUGGUUUGCCAGCUGCAACCCACUCCUAACCACAAUAGCCUGGACAUGAUUAUCCAUGCUCCAAAGAACGCAAGUGCCCUGUUUAGUCCAUCCUAUUUCCCACAGUGGCCAACCAUAGGCCUGUGAAAAGUCUACAAGCAAGACAUGAGGACAGUCUCACUCUCCAGGGGCUGAUGCUCAGAGACAUGGUGCCUCUGAUCGCUGUUUGUCAGCCUAGCCUACCUCACAGGGUUGCGAUGAGAACAAAAAUGGGAAAACCUCAGGCAUGCAGUGCUUAGAACAAGGAUGAGAUAAAAAUGUGAUAGAUAAACGUUAAAUACUGCUCUCUGGAGAUGGCUCAUUUAACAGUAAUUUUUUUGCCGUUUAUUUUUAAGGUGUUAAGUGAGUUGACUUUCUUCCCUCUCUGGAGAAGAGAGAAGCCACUCUACAAGCUUGAUGUAAACUGGCCUUUGAUUCCUUUUGCUGGUCAGACGUUUUGUGUUGCUGUGGAUGACGUCAAUGGAUUAGUAUACGUGGGACAGGUAAGAAAAGACAUUCUUCUGACCAGCAGAGUUGUCCAGUGUGUAGCUUUGAUUGUUAGCAGUUCCUGUUUUUACAGCAACCAGACUAGGAAUUCUUGCACAGAAUACUGGGUGGAGGCUCAUCCUUCAAUGUCAGAAAAGUUCACAUUUCUCUUUAUAUUUUCCCUUGCUGAAUGCAUGUGGACCUGUAAAGAAGCAGACAUGCUUUCCGGUGUUGAGGAGAGCUUUGUGAGAAGCAGACAUUCACAUGACUUUUUUCCAGUGUGGGUGAACUUUUUCCAUACUGGAAAAAAAAAUGCCAAAAAAAAAAGUGUAGUGGCAAGAGCUACCUAAAGGAGUAAAUCAAUGCUGUUGCUUCUUUCGCUAUAAAAUACCGUAUUUUCUUCAAAAAGUUCCAUCACUUGGCAUGCUAUUUUAACAUUCAUAUCAUGUUUACUCUGGAGCUUAGAAGCCGAAUGCUAGAAUAGGGAGCCAAUUGUCAUUCCUCUCCUACAUUUCCCCUUUACACUCCACUUUUCAGUCUUUAUGGUUGACUAAGAUUGUUCAUUAUAACAGUGCCAGUGAAGAAAGCCACAAUUAUUUUAAGUAGAUGACAUCAGCAAGUCACUAGGAUAUCUCCAUUAAUGACCAUUUUCUUUCCAGUGUAGGAAAUGCUGGGCAGUGUCUUUGUACUAGAAAUUGUGCUUUUAUUCUCAUGGCAUUAUGUUUCGCAAAGCUUGGUUGCUCUAAAUGGAUUCAGAGGCUGAGAGUUCAGCUUUCCUUUUUCUGUAGAUCUGGCUGCAAAAUCAAGAAAGGCUUUUAAAUGUGCCACAGUUCCUCUAUACUUGCCCUGCCUAUCUGCUGCACAUUAGUUCUAUUCCAUAAGGUGGCUGCAUUCUGUCAGACCCUUCCCUCUGCCUUUCUGCCAGUUCUUUGUUCAGUUUCUCACACCCAGACUCUGCUUGAUCUCUUGUAUCCCUGAUCUUCCUAGAAACCUUCUCUUCUAGCCUGCAUAUCCUGUCUCUUUGCUUUCUUAAAAAAAUAAAAAUAAAAAAAACACCUCGCAGCAUCUUUUCCUCAACAGUACCUUAGAUCAGGGAUUGCCAACCCGAUGAGCCGGCAAAAGCCUUCAUUGGUGCCCCCAGGGAGGGGCCCCAGACUCUGAGCUUUCAUUUUAAAAAAGUAAGUUUCUUGCCCUCUUAAAAAGAAAACUCUGAAGCAAAAUGGGAAGAUAACUGUCUAAGUGAUUUCUGUGAAAUAAUCAAGCCUGGCUCCUCCUGCCUGUCAGUGGUUUUAGCCAAUAAGUGAAGUCAGAGCUGCAACUGAUGAGUGAGUUGUUUGAUGGGCAGGCAAUAGGGUCCUAAAGAACUUCUGUUUCCCCUUGUCUUUAAUGCACUUUUCUUUGUUGUGUCUUGUUUUCCAGGCAGAAUUUCAACAGGUUAUGCCUUUUCUCGUAUGGAAGUACGAUUAUGGGGAAAGCUUCACUGUGAUUGUACACUGUCCACUUUUGUGUUAUGCCAUGACCAUCUAGAUUAAACACUUUUACUCCAUUCUUUAGUCAAAAAGGCUAUGAGAGUGGCUUUACAAAGAUCUUUAGGCUUAUAAUCUACAAUACAUGGCACACAAGGAAAAACAGAUGGAGAGGGAGAGGAAGGAAAUGAAGUCCAGGCAUCAUUUCUUACAGUUCUUAUAAUGAUCUUUGGGACGGAGGCAAUUCACAUAGCCUGAUGGACUAACGCCUUUUACUAGGUGACAGUUGAGGAAGAGCCAAAAGGUGACUGGUUCCUCAGCAAAAGCUGUGGAGUUGCUUUGUUUCUCUUUCUCUCUAUUCUGCCACCUGAUAGAAUGGCUGCUGCUUGGUGAGAGAGGGCAGCUGUUGGGUUGCAGUAUAGGGAAACUAAAUCCUUCGAAGACAGAGGUCCUGUGGCUGGGUCGGGAUGGCAUGGGGAUGAGGGACCAACUCCCUUCUCUUGCAGGGGCCCAAUUAGUGCCAUUGCCUUCCGUUAAGAGUUUGGGUGUAAUCCUUGACACCUCCCUUUCCAUGGAGGCGCAAGUUACAGCAACAGCCAAGGCAACAUUUUUCCACCUUUGCCGCAUCAAGCAGUUGGUCCCUUACCUUUCCCACCCCAACCUGGCCACAGUGAUCCAUGCGAUGGUCACCUCCAGGCUUGACUACUGUAAUUCGCUCUAUGUUGAGCUGCCCUUGAAGCUGUCCCAGAAACUCCAGCGUGUGCAGAAUGCUGUAGCGAGGCUCCUCACGGGGUCUCUGCCAUGGGAGCAUAUUCACCCAGUGCUUUUCCAGCUGCACUGGCUCCUGGUGGAGUACAGGGUCAGAUUUAAGGUGCUGGUUUUGACCUUUAAAGCCCUUCACAGCCUAGGACCCUUGUACCUACGGGACCGCCUCUCCCGGUAUGCCCCACGGAGAGCCUCAAGGUCCAUAAAUAGCAACACCCUAGUGGUCCCGGGCCCUAAGGAAGUUAGAUUAGCUUCAACCAGAGCCAGGGCCUUUUCAGCUUUUCGUGGUAUAAACGCUCUGCCUCAUGAGACCAGGGCCCUGCAGGAUCUGAUUUCUUUCUGCAGGGCCUGUAAGACAGAGUUGUUCCGCCUGGCUUGAAGCCAAUUUGAUUCCCUCCCCCUCUUUCUUUUUUCUUUUCCUUUCUCCUCCUGCGAUGAGGCUACAUUUUAAUAUUCUAAUGUUUCAAUAUUUUAAUGUUGUAUUUUAAUUUUGUUUUUAGGUUGUAUUCAUUCAACUUGUUUUUAUUAUUGCUUGUUAGCCGCCCUGAGCCUGGCCUUGGCUGGGGAGGGCGGGGUAUAAAUAAAAAUUAUUAUUAUUAUUAUUAUUAUUACAUGCUGAGGACAAAAAUCCACUAUCCUUUUGUACCUCUGCAUUAAGAUUCAGUGAAAGGAAGCCACUGAUCAGCUUUUUCCUUGCAUGUGAACCAGACAUAACAAUACUUGGUGGAGCUAAUAAGAUUUGUGAGAAUAUAUGUAUAUGUAUAUGCAUAUGUAUAUGUACGUAUAUGCAAUAAGGAAAUGUUAUGAAAAAAUUCUUUAAUUUCAUUCUGCAAGAUCUGAUUGGUUCUCUGUUAUCUUUAUACACUUUUACAGAGAGGUGAUGAAAAUGUGCCUAAGGUUGUAGUUUAUACUGAGGAUGGCUAUUUCUUACAAGCAUGGAAUGCUUCCAUUGAAAUGCCUCAUGGUAUCUUUGUGCUGAACACACCCAAUGCAACUUCAGUGUGGAUCACAGAUGUUGGAACUGGUAUGUGGAAUGAUUAUUGCUAAAUAACACUAGAGUGAAACAAAACAGUGUGCUUAUGAUGUUUUAAGUUAGACGUAAAUUUUAGAGGCUCCCUUUCCACAAAAGAACUUGUCUCCAUGCUGCCUCAUGAUAUAAAACAUGAAAAAAAUAACACAACAGUCCAUUCUAAGACACAAAGGUGAAGCGAGGCAGAUUGAAAUAACCAGACCGUUCAUGUGCCUCUCCUUGCAGUUCCUUCCUUCAGCAGUUUGCUCUUGUUAUGUUCUUGGGCCUGAUAUCCAACUGAGUGUUCAAUUUAACUACAGUACAGCCCACACAAAGCGCCUAGUACCACCAGGCCAUCAUCCUAAAAGAUACAGCUCUGCAUCUGUGCAAAUCUUGCAGCUUGUACAAGUUCAGGUGAUUAAAAAAGGGAGGAAGAUGUUUCUUCCUGGGCGUUCAGUAGGCUGAGGAACAAGGACAGGUUCAUGGUGGAAGACCAAGGGCAGUUCACACAGCACAGAGGUUCCACACUUGGAGAGCAGUAAAUCCAGUUAAUGUCCCAUCCAGUUUUUGCCCAAUUCUUCACAACCUCACUCCUUUUAAAAUUAUGGUGUUCACAGAGAAAAUAUGAUCUUACUGAAAAAUGUCUAUUCCUUCAUAUAGGCGAAUAUGGACACACAAUUAAACAGUAUAGUCCUUCAGGUGAACUUCUUCAAGUCAUAGGUACUGCAGGUAGAGCAGGUUCUGGUACAAAUCCCUUACAGUUUGACCAGCCAGCAGAGAUUUUUGUGGAAGAAAGCGGAGACAUCUACAUUGUAGAUGGUGAUGGAGGACUGAACAACCGUUUGGUCAAAUUGACACCAGGUAAGUGAAUGGAUGUGAAUGGCCUAUACGUGCAACAUUCAGAAUUGCUUUGAUGUACAGCAAUAGGGAACCUCCAGCCACCAGGCCUAAUCAGCCCCAGCUUGUUUGGCCCCCCAGCCCAUUUUCCACAAGCUCUCCCCACCUGCCAUCACAUGUGAUGUCAGGUGUGCGGCACAUAAAAGACACAGGUGCCAAGGAACAAUUGGGAGUUUAAAAUGCUCUCCCAGUUGUUCCUUGGCAAGUGGGGCUUCUGAAUAGCAAGCCCCUUUGAAGUCCAUUUGCAGGUGUGGUUUGGAUCCAAACCACACCUGCAAAUUGACAUAUUUUCCUCUGUGGGCCUGCAGAGCUAGUAUGCAGAGGGGAAAUGUCUUUUUGCAGGUACAAUGCCUGCAAAUGGGCCAAGCAAGUCCUGCCGUCAGUGCCAGUCAGCUAGGCAGCCUGUUUGAAAUUGUGAGCUGGUUUCAUAAUGACAUACUAGACAAGUAGGUGUCUCCACCCACAUGUCAAAAUAGCCUCCAGGGGGUGGGGAAUUUCCCAGUGCCUGCGCUAGUGGUUUGUUUUUGUUUUUGCUGUGUUCUCCUAAUUUAUGUGACUAUCAUUUCUGUAUUUCUUGAGGUCUUUUGUCUCUCCCAUAUGGGUUUACGCUUUAAGGGCUCUGUUAAUUGCAGCAUUUGAAAUUUCGGUAGAACUUCCACAGUCAGACUAUGAUAGAAGGAAAUGUGUUUUUUUGUUUUUGUUUAUUAAAUGUAGGAGAAGGCCCAAAUCCUUACUGGAUAGUUUUUAGUUUUACAGUAUUUAGAAUAUGUUCCCCCACUCUGUUUUUAGGAAGAGGACAGAAAGUUACCCUGUUUUUGAAAUCACUAAAGAAUUAGAAAGCUGUCAGCUGACCUUUAAAGCCCUAUGCGGCCUAGGACCCUUGUACUUAUGGGACCGUCUCUCCUGGUAUGUCCCGCAGAGGGCCCUAAGGAAGCCAGACUGUCCUCCACCAGGGCUAGGGCUUUAUCAGUGACGGCUCCAACCUGGUGGAAUGCUCUGUGUCCCACGAGACUAGGGCCCUGCAAGACUUGAUCUCCUUCCGCAGGGCCUGUAAGACAGAGCUAUUCCGCCUGGCCUUCAAUUUGAAUUAGCCUGAUCCUCUAUACCCUUUUCCCUUUCCUCUUCUAUGAAGAAACCCUUUCUGGGACCCCACAUUUAAAUUCUUAUCCACAUACCUCCUUGCUGGACCUAGUAGGACCAACUUGGCCAGUUAGCCCAGGUGAUCAUUCGAUGUCUAUUGACUGGGGUAUUUUUUCCCCCAAAAUGACCCCUGAAUUUUUGAAUUUUAUUGAUAUUGAUGCUGCAUUUUAUGCUGUAUUCUGUGCUGUUUUAUGCUGCUUUUUAAGUUGCAUUUUAAUCAAUGUUUUAUAUUUGCUGUUAGCCGCCCUGAGCCUGGUUUUUAAACCGGAAAGGGCGUGGUAUAAAUAAAAAUAAAUUUAUUUAUUUAUUAUGAUGUAAUGCAGAUGUUUUAUUAUAAAAUGCACAGCAAUAUAUGGUGCUUCCUUUCUACCUGCAGACUUUAAGACUCUAUGGCUGCAUGGAGAAAAUGGUUCUGGCACUGCACAGUUCAAUAUCCCACACAGUGUAACGGUGGAUGCUGUCGGACGGGUAAAGUAGCCGUGACCGCUGUAAUAUAGUUUUAUAAAUAGCCAUCAUGACGAGGGCUUGAAAUUUUCUCACUUGAAUUUAAACUUCCAGUAAUUUACUUGCGUAGGGACGCGGAUGGCACUGUGGGUUAAACCACAGAACCUAGGACUUGCUGAUCAGAAGGUCGGUGGUUCGAAUACCCAUGACGGGGUGAGCUCCUGUCGCUCGGUCCCUGCUCCUGCCAACCUAGCAGUUCGAAAGCGCGUCAAAGUGAAAGUAGAUAAAUAGGUACCACUCCAGCGGGAAGAUAAAUGGCGUUUCCGUUUGCUGCUCUGGUUCGCCAGAAGUGACUUAGUCAUGCUGGCCACAUGACCCGGAAGCUGUACGCCGGCUCCCUCGGCCAGUAAAGCAAGAUGAGCACCACAACCCCAGAGUCGGCCACGACUAGACCUAAUGGUCAGGGGUCCCUUUACCUUUAAUUUACUUGCAGCUUUCAAGGAAGUGUUGAGGACUGGUGCUUUAAAGUUUUGGGGCUUUCUCCAAUCUUUUAUGGCCCCUUCCUUGCCUGUGAAUGAAACAUUCCAUGCUAUUUUUCAUCAACGAGUUUUAAUUAAACCAAGAAACGAGUGAUUCCAUGUUAGUAUAUUUUUUUAAAAUAAAAAUUUUUUACAACAUAACACAAACCCCCCAACACAGAAAUCCACCCCAUCAGACACAAGCAUAACAAACAACAAGCAUAAUAUACAACAAUACAAACAAAUAAAAGACUUCCUUUAUCCUGUUUCUGGCAUCCAUAUUUACGUCUUAUAAGUUGUUUCCGUUAUGAAUAAUUAUUAAGAUUUUCCUAAUUAUACCUUAAAUAUCCACAAAGUCUCCUGCAGACGUUAAUCGAGACAAGUCCAGGUAUGAAUUUUUAGGGCACUGUUUUGUGAAGUAUUCUCUGCAUUUCCCCCGAUUCCAUGUUAGUAUUGUAGAGAUGUACUGGACCAACGUUUUAACUGAAAAACUUGCAUUUUUCAUGCAGAAGGAAAACAUGUCUAUGAUUUUCCUUUGUUUUCUAAACUUAGAAACAAAUAAUAAUCUGAAACAAAUGUUCGCUUCCUAUGAACAAGCUCUGCCUGCCUCUGGGAGAAGCAAACCCGGAGGCUUAAUAUUACCUGCAGACCCACAUUAGUGGUUUGCUGCUCUUCUUCCAACCGCAAUCAAAAGCCGCUCUUCCUGCCUUAACACUCGUGUCACAUAGGUAUGUUUAGCAGGAAGCUAGGAUUAAAGGGCGCGUGCUGUGCUGCGGGUAUGGAUUCUUCCCUAAAGUGAGUUCAGUAAUGUUGGCGAGAUCCUAUACCAGCCUGCUCAGAAUGGCAACAUGUAGAUCCCCAUUUCAUGUGAUAUUAAACAUCAUAGAGCGUAUGCAGGAUCGCUGAGGUGGUGUUUAAAAAUGGCUGUGAACAGAUUUUGUAUUUUCAGUAGGUAUGGGUUGCUGACCGAGCCAACUGGAGAAUCCAGGCUUUUCAGAAAACCACAGGGGAAUGGUUGGGCUGUUGGAAUAGCUGCUUUACACAAGAUGGCCCUUCUUCUGUCAGGUAUAGUAUCUGUAGCUUGCAUGCAAAUCUGGGCGGUGGGUGGAAGGGGAGACUUUUCAACUGAGCAGGGCUCAUGUUGAUUAUGGAGAAUGCCUUUGUUUGUAAGGUGAUGAAGAGCUCCAGUGCCAGUGUUAGAGCCAUUUUACGUGGCACUGUGGGUGUACCAGUGUUUGAGCUACAGUACUGUGUUCACUGGAGAUAUAUCUCUUCCUAACAGUGAGAUGAAAAUGCCAGUGUGUUUGGUGGUGCCAUAAAACUUUUACACUGGCUUUCCUUAAUGUAUCCAUCUGGCUCGAAAGACGAGAGGUGGCUCAUUAGUGCAUCCAUCCAGAUAAUUUUGCAUGUUGUAUUUCCAUAACUUUGCACGAAUAUCAGAUGCUAGACAGAUGGUAGAUGUUGCCUUUUUUGCGGCCCUUUUAUUAUCGGAAGGGUUAUGGCAUGCAAAAGCUUGAUUCGGCUGCCAAAGCCUUAAAUUAGCCUUUCUAAUGGGUGCCUGACUUCUGUUUGGAUCAGAUCCAGCAAUUCUGUAAGUGGAAUUCUGCUCAAGAAGAAGAAGCUCCUGGCAUCUGCAGAUAGAAGAGGAAAAGUGAUUUUCACAGUACCCCUUGGAAAUCUACUCUGCAGAGGAGUGGGUGCUGGCAUUUGUGCAGGGGGGUAGCUAUGUGCAAGAUGACGAAUACGUGAAAAAUCAUUAUUAUCAUUUAUUAAAUUUCUGUACCACCCUUCAUCCAGGGAUCACUGAGCAGUUUAAAACCACAAAAAUACAUACCAUAUAAAAACCACAAAAUACAAUAUAAAAACCACAAAAUACAUACCAUAGUAACGAACGAAAACAGUGCCCCACGCAGUUUAAAGGGCCAUUGAUUGAUUAAGGCUUAUGAGAAAAGGAAUGUCCUCCCCACUUGCUCAAAGGCCUUUCUGCGAACUGAAGGACUCCUUCCGUGAAAAGAAGGGCACCUUUAGAUCCUGCUCAUCGGGAUCGGGCAUUUCCACCAUAUUUGAACAGUCUGCAGCCAUUCAAAUUUUACCCCACACAAGCAUAAUACUGGUUCUGUUCACUUGCACUCGCAGCUGUAUGGAAGCUGCUUCCCCAUGGGGUAAUUCCAUGCUGUUUUGUAAAUAUAGGAAUGAGGCUCUCACAUAAGUGUGGUCUUUUCCUUUCAUUCAUUGGGAUAUGUGUUCAUAGAAAUGACUGUGGGUCUAAUGAAUUCUGAUUAAUGGUGGAUUGUGCCCAUCUAGUCUCUUGUGUGGGACGUGGGUGGCACUUGGGUUAAACCACUGAGCCUUGGGCUUGCCGAUUGGAAGGUCGGCAGUUUGAAUCCCCACGACGGGGUGAGCUCCCGUUGCUCAGUCCCUGCUCCUGCCAACCUAGCACUUUGAAAGCACGUCAAAGCGCAAGUAGAUAAAUAGGUACCGCUCCGGCGGGAAGGUCAACGACAUUUCUGUGUGCUGCUCUGGUUCGCCAGAAGCGGCUUAGUCAUGCUGGUCACAUGACCCGGAAGCUGUACGCUGGCUUACUCGGCCAAUAAAGCGAGAUGAGCGCCGCAACCCCAGAGUUGGUCACGACUGGACCUAAUGGUCAGGGGUCCCUUUACCUUCUUAGUCUCUUGUGUAAAAGUCUAAUUUUGCAGGUUGUUGCAACAUUUUUUGUUGUUAACUAAGAAUGUUGAGAUUUGAGUUUAGUGCCAAAGAACCUGAUGAGUGGAAGGGGCUGCCAUUCAUGGAGGGUGGGAUUAUGACACCCCCCCCAUCUUUUUUAAAAAAUAAGUCUUAAUAGGUUUUCAAGAAUAAAAUAUGCUGAUGCACUUCACAAACUACAGUUUCCCGUUCUGUCUGAACCCUGUUUCCCUGGCCAAAAACUGGCUCAGAAGGGUCACAAAAUCCUCCAGAUGACACCAGUAGGAUGAAUUUGGGAUUAUCAGGAGACCCUCAGAUCAACUUUUCGGGUGGCAUGAGGGAUGUGCAAACAGAAGGUAACCCCCCCCAAAUGUGUGCAAAAGUGCAUUAUGUUCAUACUGCAGGAUUUUAAAUAGGAUUUAAAGGAUUCUCUUUAAAUAGUCUCUCUCUCCCCUUCUCUCUCUCUCUCCCUCCCUUCCUCCUGUAGAUUAACUCCAGAUCAAAGGUAUAUGAUCGUCGCACAUAUAAAUAUUGACAGGGUGUCAAUCUUGGCUGCCCCACCGGUAGGAUCAAUUGAGGACUGUGUUGUGAUGGACACAAUUCAGCUUGCAAGCGAAGUUAAGCCCCAUCUUGUGGAUGUCAGCAAGAAAACUGGAGCAAUUUAUGUAGCAGAAAUUGGAGCCCAGCAAGUACAGAAGUACGUGCCUUUAUACUGACAGCAUCUUUCACACGGCACAAGGGACUUCCAGAAUAUUUCCUCUGUUGGAUUGCUGUCGGCUGUGUAACACAAGAACUUUUGGAUUAGCUUUGUUCAUUUGAAGUGCACAUUUGUUUCACUUUUUGUGCCUAUCUCAGGGAUUUUAAGUGGUGGCAAUUUUUGUGUUAGCUGGUUUUUAUAGACUUGUUUGUUUUUUUAAGUCAGUGUCACCAGCACUGCUAAUUUUAAAUCAUACAAAAGUAAAUUUACCACCGCACAAACUGCUAGAAAUACUAGUUUAAUGCAGCUUCCAUGAGUCAUCCCGUGUUUGGGAAAAAUUUCUUCUUCAUGGAGUCAGAAUUUUCCGUUUAUUUGUAGCAGAUUAUCUCAGCUAAGGAGCCUGAUUGCUUCUUUCCUGUGAAUGGAGGAAGAAUAGGCUGGUCUGGUCUGUAUGGGAAGAUCCUAUAAGAUGACUGUGCUGCAAAACAGUCUUGGCUAUGCUUAUCUCUGGAAAUGUCUCCUCCAAGUAUGAAAAUGCAAGGUCUUUUAGCAAUCCUCUUCUCUAGGGAGCCUCAGUUAGCUUUCCACCAGAGUGGUAUCUUUUAAAACUCUCUUGGGACUUCUGAAGCUUUGUGAAUGACCAAGAAAUUCAAGUUUGUUUACUCCUAAAGCAAACUGUCAUGUUGUGACUACUCUUACUGUUUGGGGUAUUCUUUACAUUCCCACUUUUGCAUGUAUACUUUGUUGUGUGAGCCCGGUUUGGUCGGGGAGGGUGGGGUAUAAAUAAAAAUUUAUUAUUAUUAUUACUUACGAAA